AGGGCGAUGUUGACAGACAGACCGAGGGGCGGAUGCAGCCUACCUCCUGGGCAGGGAGCUGCGGUCUGAGGCCCCUGCCCAGCUGGAAACCACAGGGAGGGGAAGGGAGGGGAGGGGAGGAGAGGAGAGGAGAGGAACCGUCAUGGGGCCUUGGAGUCGAGUCAGGGUUGCCAAAUGCCAGAUGCUGGUCACCUGCUUCUUUAUCUUGCUGCUGGGCCUCUCUGAGGCCACCAUAGUGACUCUUACCUACUUCGGGGCCCACUUUGCUGUCAUCCGCCAAGCGUCCCUGGAGAAGAACCCAUCCCAGGCUAUGCACCAAUGGGCCUUCUCUGCGGGGUUGAGCCUGGUGGGCCUCCUGACUCUGGGAGCUGUGCUGAGCGCUGCAGCCACCGUGAGGGAGGCCCAGGGCCUCAUGGCGGGGGGCUUCCUGUGCUUCUCCCUGGCGUUCUGCGCACAGGUGCAGGUGGUGUUCUGGAGACUCCACAGCCCCACCCAGGUGGAGGAUGCCAUGCUGGACACCUACGACCUGGUAUAUGAGCAGGCGAUGAAAGGCACAUCCCACGUCUGGCGGCAGGAGCUGGCGGCCAUCCAGGACGUGUUUCUGUGCUGUGGGAAGAGGUCUCCUUUCAGCCGUCUGGGGAACACAGAGGCUGACCUGUGUCAGGGAGAGGAGACGGCAAGAGAGGAAUGCCUUCAGGGCAUCCGGAGCUUCCUGAGGACAUACCAGCAGGUCGCCUCCAGCCUGACCAGCAUCGGCCUGGCCCUCACGGUGUCCGCCUUGCUCCUCAGCUCCUUCCUGUGGUUUGCCAUCCGCUCUGGCUGCUGCUUGGACCGCAAGGGCAAAUACACCCUGGCCCCACGAGCAUGUGGCCGCCAGCCCCAGGAGCCCAGCCUCUUCAGACGCUCCCAGGGUGGACCCGCACAUUGUCUCCGCUCCGAAGCAGAUGCUAUUGGUCCAAGAGGAUGCUCGGGUAGUCUUCGGUGGCUGCAGGAGAGCGAUGCUGCGCCUCUGCCCCUCUCCUGCCACCUGCCUGCCCACAGAGCUCUCCAGGGGAGAAGUCCCGGUGGGCUCAGCGGGUGCCCUGCGCGGGAUCUCUCAGACUGACGUCAGGCCUUGGUGGGCUGUACUCUCAUCUGGAAGCUCUGGGGAAGCAUCUGCCUCCAGGACCAUUCAGGCUGUUGACAAGUCAACUCCUCAUGGCUGUAGGACUGAUGUUCCCAUAGUCCUUGUCCCUGCUCCUGUGGCCCCUCCACCUUCAAACCAGCGAUGGUGCAUUGAGCAAAUCGUGGUCAAAUAUACAUCACAUAAAAUUUACCAUCUUAACCAUU